AUGUCAGAAAACGAAGAAAAGUUCUCUCAAAAGGCUAGGGCUGAAGCUAGAAAGACCGCUGAUCAACUCAAGAAGGAUGGAGAAGCCGCUAAGGAUACUGUAGAAUCUUGGACGGAACAGCUUAAGAAAUGUGUCGAGACUGCAUCAACGAGUGUCUCAAAUGGGGUCUCACAGGCAGUUUCCCAAGCUCGUAGUGCAACUGCAACUGCUGCUGCCAAGGCUAGAUCCAUUGCAGGUAGAUCAUGGGAAGAAUUGCAUAACCCGGUAGUUUUGUUGAACUUUUUACUGGGUUCUGGUGCAUUGGCCGGAUUGAUUGCAGGAUACGCUCAAUAUGAUACUAGAUAUCUAAAAGGUAAAAGUGAUGGUGUCAUUUUGGCAACAGUUAGCGGUGCUUCUGCCAUUGUAGCAAUCGAUGCUCUUUUGUCGGCUAAGUACUACAACAAAUAUAGGAAAUGA